UUUGGAACCACCACCCAACACAAAGGGUAUAUAUGAACUUAGCAUUUACAUAUAACUGCAAAGAUUGAAGCGAACCCGUAAACGUACGGAAACAGGAAAGGUACAGAAGAGAAAAAGAAAUUGUAAAGUCCCAAGGAUUACAAGAGAAUACAAAAUCAGGAAUGGGACAGACAUUAUCAGAACCCAUUACGGAUAAAAACUCCAUCAAUGGGAUCAACAAGCAUGUUUUGUACGGAUUAUCUAGCAUGCAAGGAUGGAGGAUUUCAAUGGAAGAUGCCCAUAGUGCGAAACUUUCUUUAAAAUGUCCUAACGGAGACGAGGAAGUAGAAGUAGACUUUUUUGCUGUAUAUGAUGGUCAUGGCGGUGAGAAAGUAGCAAAAUGGUGUGGAGAACGCCUUCCAAUCAUUUUGGAACAAAGCGAGGAGUUUAAAAAGGGAGAUUUUGUGAACGGCUUAAAGGCUUCCUUUUUGAAAGCUGAUCAAAUGAUUUUGGAAGAUGAAAAGUUCCAUACUGAUCCUUCCGGCUGUACAGCUACUGUAUUACUCAGAGCACAUAAUAAACUUUACUGCGCUAAUGCUGGCGAUUCGCGAACAGUGCUCGGAAGAAAGGGUGUAGCAAAAGCUCUUUCUGUAGACCACAAGCCUUCGAAUGAAGCCGAAAAGGCUCGUAUCUGUGCUGCUGGUGGAUUUGUAGAUUUUGGUCGUGUCAACGGAAACUUGGCGCUUUCGAGAGCCAUCGGUGAUUUUGAAUUCAAAAAUAGCAGUUUAGAACCAGAGAAGCAAAUCGUUACUUCUCUCCCUGAUGUCAUUGUUCACGAAAUUACUGAAGAUGAUGAAUUUGUGGUACUUGCUUGUGAUGGAAUUUGGGAUUGUAAAACUUCACAGCAAGUUAUCGAAUUCAUACGAAGAGGCAUUGUCGCUGGCCUAUCUUUACAAGAAAUAUCAGAGAAUCUUAUGGAUAACUGUAUCGCUGGUGAUACUGAAACUACUGGUUUAGGUUGUGAUAAUAUGACUGUUUGCGUUGUCGGAUUAUUACAAGGUGACUCUCAAGAAGCCUGGUACAAGAAGAUUGCGGAUCGUGUCGCUGCUAAUGAUGGCCCUUGUGCUCCUCCAGAGCUCGCGGAGUCUCAUGGUCCAGGAUUCCGUAGCAGUGACAGUGCUGAAAGAAUAAUUGUCCCCUCAGGUUUUCAGCAGAUCAGAAUGAAUGGAAUCGAGGGAUACGAUAGAGAUGCUGAUGAAGAUGAGAAUGGUGACAAUUCUGCAAAUGGCUCUUUAGCAGCAGGUUUUCGCUGGAAAGAGCACUUUUUCCCUGAAAAAGCUGAGGAUGAAACAGAAGAUAUAACGACCGAGGAUCCUUCAGUUAAACAAGUUGAAUCCGCUGCUUCAACUGACUAAUUUCUUGUACCCUUAAAAUCGUAAUCGCCCUUUUAUACUAUUUUCGUUGUACGGUUUCAUUUUUCUUACAAAGAAAAUUAACUCAUCUCAUGACGAGUAUUAUGCUUAUUCAAAUCCCUAUUUUGCUCAUACAUAUGUCCUAACCUACCUUAUCGGAUUUGUUCUUAUUACAUAAAAUUAGAUGUCAUUGCCGUACGUGGUGCAAGCUUUAUAAAUUCGCAUCAAUAGUGCUACGUUCUUUCGAAUACUGGCUUAUCGUCAAUGAACGCUAUGAAAAUGUAUUAAUGAUAAAUGCUUUGGCGAUUCUCAAUUUUCAAUAAUCUGAUCUUCUAAUGUCAGUGGAUACCUUACAGAUGACUGCUUUAUUUUAUUACUUUCAAUUCUCAUAGUCUGUUUAAUAUGAUAUUAAAACUCAUUAGUUUUUUGAACGUGUCAGAUCAUUAGAUUUCUAAAAUAUUUCACAAAAAUGUGAAAUUAACCUUCA